UUGAACCCAGCAUGGCAAAGCUUAACGUUGUAAACACCUCGAAGUUGUAGCUAGUUAUAGUCUAUUGUUGGCUGCAUACACAGGAAAUGGAGGUUAUCAAGGAAGCAGUGCUCUACAGAGAGGUGGCAGCUACUCGGUUCUCCCUGACAAGCUUUCCCUGGAGAGAAGUGAAGCUUAGAACUGUAUCAAGCUUUAAUCAACCCCCCAAAGCUGUGAUUGCUGUCAGCAAUGCUGGGGGGUUCAGCUAUAGGGACAGUGGGGUGCUCACAUCCACCUGCAGGAAUAGAUCUAUCCUAUGGCAGUAUGACAAUGGUGCUCUCUGUCUAUUGGAGCUCUCAAUGGACUUCAACCUGGUGGGGCAUGCCCUGAGGCUGGUGUUGGAGCCCUCCUCUGCGGCGUUCCUAGGGGCAGACAUGGCCGAGGUGGACAGCUCCAGUGUGGUCCUCAUGUUCUCCACCACACUGGCUGCAUAUCGACUUGUCUUACCACAUCCCGAGGUCAUCGCUAAGGACCCAGCUCUGAGUGCUGUUGGUGAGGGUCAGGUGCCCUCAGUACUGGCCUUCUGUAGGGAGGACAGUUUUCUUGGAGCCAACAUAGCAGCAGUGUUUGGGAUUCAAGACAAGGCUGCCCCGUUGUCCAGCUGUGCUAACUUGUUGUCCAGUGAUGGAUGUGCUACCUUUGCCUACCCUUUACUCUCAGGCUCCAUCUUCACUGUCCAGCUGCCUCCUCCUGGCACCCAUGGUCUACCUGUACGCAGUGAACUGAAGGAAUCUUCUGUUAUGAACAAGCUCUGGAACAGCUUCCUGUCCGUCAAGGAGACAGAGGAUGCUCCCAUCUCGUUAGUCCUGCACUCUUUCAGUGAGGAUACGGUCAUUCUCGCUCUGUGUCGAGGUCUGCAUCUCAAAGUCUGGACAAUGGACCCGGGCCAGUGUGUACUCACUCACAAUCUAACCGACUACUUGCAAGGAGACAAAGAGUCGAACACAAAAGAGGACCAACUGGUGUUAAAGAAGGCUCCCUUUGGUACAUCUACUUCUCUUCGUUUUGCCAUGCACAUGCGAGUGGGACCGGUCUCACAGGUUUCCAUUUUCCAACUGCUUCUCGUGGAAAGCCAACUUCUCCUGCAGCCCAUCAAUACUUACAGAUGUCCACAGAGUUCAUCACUGGUUGACUUCUACCUGACCAAUACGGAGAUGUGGGGUGUGUGGCAGUGUCGUGGGAGGGAGGGGAGGGAGGAACCUGUCAUCAAGCAGGCUGUCUACGAGUGUGAGGCCCCCACUAAUUGGAGGGACGUCCCCCUCGAAGAGUCUCCACCCGACCAAGUCCUUGUGCUGCCACAGAGCAACCCGGAGGAAGUGUACUUGGACUCUCUGUUUCAUCCUGGGAGAUUCAGCAUUGCAUCCAUUUGCAAGGCUCUCGAGCUGUAUGGUGUCAGACUGAGUGAGGCAGAUAUCAGUAGAGAGGACCUCGUUGACAUGGUAACACGACAAGUGGAGGCUGAGCUGCAGCAGUUGGCCAGCUCUGAUGAGCUUCAACACGACGAGUACAGAGACUUGAGUGAGAAGUGUUGGUCCAAGUUCUACCGUUGCUGUCUGGAGUAUCACCAGCUACUCUAUCAGCCGAUGGGCCUGCAUCAAGACCCCAGUACUGGGCUGGGCAUGCUGGUUAAGAAGGGAAUGGUGUCCUUUGUGCAGCCAGUGAAACUAACCGACUAUCUGAGCAGUGGCUGUGAGCUUGGAAGCCCAGCUGUCGUGGGUAGUGAUGUUAGAACCUUUAUCCACGGAGUCAGCGAGACCAUCAGUCAGCUGAAUAAAGAUGUCCUGGACUCUUUCCUACUCGAUCUCAGAAACCAUGGAAACACACCAAUCUCCAUGGCGAUGGAAAUUGCCGCUGCUCUUCAUGAAGAUGGAGGAGAUGACUUCUUGUCGUCCAUUGUCUCCUCCGUCCCGGACCUCUCCCCUGUGCUGGACCACCUCCUCUCUGUGUUGGACCCCUCACCCUCGGAGGACAUGGAUCAGGAGACUGAGAUAGAUUCUGAUCUUCUGACUACUGUGUCACAAUUGUGCGCCAGUUCUGUUGCCACGGUGAUGUUGGGCUCGUCUCUCCAGGGGGUGUGUCAGUCUCGGCUGUGUUUGUGCAGAGAUGUGCUCAUUGUGUUGUGCUCACUGGGGCUCUCAGAGAAAACACAGGGAUUCCCGGACAUGACUCAGAGACACAUUCCAGCGUUUGCUCAGCUCCUCCAUUGCUACCACACCCUCACCUGGCUCGUCACCAGACCCACCCUCACACACACACACGGAGCAUUUGAGGUGAAUUUGAAACUACUUUCCUCUCUGGAAAUCACACCCAAGAAGGCAACCAGAAACAUGUCAGAUCGCUCCACCACUCUGGCAGAAUUGUUUGUGUCCACCUAUGGUCGUGCUGAAAUACCGUCUGCUCUGAGUGGGCGUGUCUCCUCUUUGACCACGCCCCUCCACCCACACUGGGGAGAGCUGGCCCCACUCAUCACCCGCACACUCCUCAAAGCAUUAUGGCCCAUCUCUUCAGCCUGCUGCGUUUGUGAGUUCCUGUUGGCCAACUGCCAGUACUACUACAUACAGGACUUUGUGACUGGAGUGAGGCUGUAUUCCUCUGCUGACUGGUACUCUCUGGAGUUCCUCCUAGGACAGGGUUUCCUUGGUAAUGGGGAGCUGGACAAGGCCCUCACCUGCUUCACACAGGCAGCUGCUGGAGUUGGUGACAGCUCUGAGGUGUGUCUGGAGCGUGUGUGUGGUGAGGGUGAUGGAGGGGUGAUGGUUCGCUACUACAUCAGAGUGAUGCGUCUCUUUGAGCAGUUCCCAUCUCCCAGUUACGUUAUCAAGAUUGCUGAGUCAGCAACUAGUGUGGUCAGCAAGGAUGACCCAUAUACGGCGAUCCUGUGGUCCAGCCUGUUCAAGCACCACCUGGAGCUAGGCCACGGUAGGGAGGCCUACGACGCCAUGAUGGGCAACCCAGACCCUGUCAGGAAGAGUGAAUGUUUGCGUCGACUGGUGGUCGUGUUAACAGAGCAGAGGAGACUCAAAGAGCUCUGUGAUUUCACUUACUCUGGUCUUGAGGAAGAGGUUGAGAAGGUGAUAGAGUUGCGUGCCCGCACAGUGGACGUGACAGGCCACUCCUACUACGACCUCCUCUACUGCUUCCACACCACUAGGGGUAACCACAGGAAAGCUGCCUAUGUGAUGUAUGAGCACGGCCUGAGGCUGGGUAGGGAGGCCCCAGGGCCAAAGUCACUGCACAAACAGGCUAACUGUUACUGCAUGGCCCUCAACUCUCUGAGGCUGACAGACCCCAAGUAUGCCUGGGUGGUCCGGCCAGUGGAGGCAGAGGAGAUUGCUGUUAGUGGCAGUUCAGUUUCAAGGAGAAAGAGAACACAAAAAAGCUCUAAGACGAAGGUGGUGGUGUUGACGAUGGCAGACAUAGAGAGAGAGUACUUGUUAGUGAGGGCCAAGCUGAGUCUGGUCCAGAGGGAGCCAUCACUCACCACACAGCUGGCCAAUCCGUUUGUGAGUACAGAGGAGGUCAUCUCCCUCCUGCUGCAGGUGGGACUGUUUGACAAGGCCCUCACCAUCGUGGAGCGCUUCUCUCUCUCUCUGACACCCAUCUUUGAGGCUCUGGCAUCCAAGUGUGUCCAUCUCUCUGUGAACGUGGUGUCAUUUCGAGGGACAUCCGCCAACACCACCUCCUGGGACUGGCUUGGACUCAACGAGAGCUCCACCCAUACCACAGUCAGGGAAAAUACGAUUGCAGACAAGGCAUGGAACAUGCUGCGUGCUUACCUGGAGUCACAUGAUCCCUCAGCUGGCUAUGUGCUACAAAAGUGUGUUGCUAAGAAACUACUGUCCAUGGGCUCUCAGCUGCCACAGUGGCUAGUGGACAAGUAUAAGGUGAUCAAUCCUGCUGAGUUGCUGAAGCUGUAUCUGACCUUUGACCUGCUCGAGCCGGCCACUAGAGUGGCACUGGAGUACAUUGACAGUGUGAUGGGUCACGGGAAAGAGGUCUACGGAAUCAAGACGGCGUUGCAUGCGCACCACCCGAGUGUCUGGCUACCUUACUCGGCAUUGGACCACUUGCAGCUGGCCCUGAGUAAAGCCCCACCCCGUACAAUCCUGGAACAGCUGUCAGAAGAGUUGACUACCAAGCUGAAAGAAUACCUACACCUUGUGGAGAAGACGUCCGUUACCAUGGAGCAGGAGGGGGUGCGUCGAUCGUACAUGAGCUUAGCAACUUACUGAACUAAACUAAACAUUCAUUUCCCCUCUCUUACCUAAUUUAUAACUUAUAUGAUGUACAUAGAUUUUGACAUGGUUCACAUAUGAUGUAUUUGAUAAUAAUUAUAAAGAAA